GUGUGCUGAGGCGUUUGUUGUGCAAGCCGACAGCAGAGUUUAUAUGGUAAAGAAAAAGUCGUUGUUGGCAGUGAAGUAGGGUCAGCCAAAGUUAUUAUAUUUUGUUAAGGCAUCUGUUUUUGGGUAGUUCAGAUGCCUACGGCAAUGUAUCGCGAUUUUCAUAGAAGGCACUCCAGUGGUGAAGCCGAGUAUAGGCGAGACUAUGGGCGCAGUGGACGUCCCCUACGGCGAAAGGAUUACCGCAGUCGUAGCAGAUCCAGAAGAAGGGAGAAAAGGGAGAGGUAUUUUCGAGGUUCAUCUGGGACCAGAACAAGGCGAAGAUCUGAUGAUCGAAAACUGCGUUUGAAGCAAUUUCAUGAUGCUUGUGCGAGAAAAGAGGAGACACACAGGAACGGACAUCACAGUUAUGAUGAAAGGGGACAUUCACAUAGCCACCAUGAUAGUCACUACUCAAGCAGAAACUCCAGUGUAAGAGAUGAUGAAGAUGGACACCUUAUCUAUCACCAUGGAGACUGGCUCGUGAAUAGAUAUGAAAUUCAAGGAACCCUUGGGGAAGGAACCUUUGGUAAAUGUCUCAAAUGUUAUGACAGGAAGCGUGAAAGGGUCAUUGCAUUGAAAAUAAUAAAAAAUGUAGACAAGUACAGGGAAGCUGCAAAACUUGAGAUAAAAGUAUUAGAGAAGAUUGCACAAAAAGAUCCAAAUGAUGAGAGUCUUUGUAUAAAGUUGCAAACAUGGUUCGAGUAUCAUGGCCACAUUUGUCUUGGGUUUGAAAGGCUUGGAAAAAGUGUAUUUGAUUUCAUGAAGGAAAACAAUUAUCAAAAGUACCCAAUGCAUCAAGUUAUGCAUAUUUCACAUCAACUUAUUUCAGCUGUUAAAUUUUUACACAGUAUAAAAUUAACACACACUGAUCUAAAGCCAGAAAAUAUGCUGUUUGUUGACUCUGGUUAUGAUGUUUAUUGGAACAAAAACAUGCAACAAGAAUUGAAAAUCCUUAGGAACAGCGAAAUAAAACUAAUAGAUUUUGGUUCUGCUACGUUUGACUGGGAACACCAUAGCACAAUUGUUUCCACCAGGCAUUACCGUGCACCUGAAGUUGUCCUAGAGCUAGGCUGGUCAUUUCCAUGUGACAUUUGGAGCAUUGGUUGCAUAAUGUUCGAGUUGUACACCGGCAAUACCCUUUUUCAGACACAUGACAACCGGGAACAUUUAGCAAUGAUGGAAGCAACUUUUGGACCGAUCCCAUCCGAGAUGACUCGUAAAACUAAGAAAACCAAAUACUUUCGAAAGGGAAGGUUAGAAUGGGAUCAAACGAGUCCUGAUGGCAUUUAUGUGAAAGACAAUUGCAAGCAUCUGCGGGAACAUGCGUCUUCAAAGAUCGAGACAGACCGCAGGUUCAUAGAUUUGCUAGAGAAACUCUUGAGCUACGACCCAAAUGACAGAUUGACAGCAAGGGAUGCGAUGAAACAUUCCUAUUUCGAUGAAUUGCGUCACAGGGCUCAGGCAACAACGCAUUUUAGGGGGUCACAUUCAUCGGAGCGGUACCGUGAAGACUGAUGGUUUUACUGUCUUCUUGAUCAGUGCAAAUAAUUUGGCAAGUAAGCGAGCAACCUCAACUCGUCCCCACAAGAGAACUGUUGAGAAAAUAGAGACAUGCAUAGCUUCAAGAGCCAUUUUUUAUAGCAAAAGUCGAAAUAAAAAACUAUUAAUCUGUUUUAGUCGAAGACAAACCCUAAAAUAUUACGUCAUAUAAUAGACAAUGUAAAUAAUAGAAUAUGUAAACUUAUCAGAAUUUUUUCCGUGCUACUGUUUACAUCAUAACAUUUACAAAAAUUAAACAUA